UGUUUAUGCGUUGCCUGGAAACCAAAUUUUAACACCGAGCAUUAAUUGACUAAACUCGCUAUACCUUGUAACCUUCACCGCCUCACGCCAAGUUUGCUUCUUCAGAAAUGCAAAGAUAAUAGAUGAGAUAAAGUUUGAAAAUGGAUAUUAAUAGGUCUAGUGCUGACUCAGCUGAACUGCCUGCUUCAGGUUUGAAUGAAAUGCCUUUUAAUACGAUCCAAGACCAAGUGGAUGUUUUAAAGAAGAGACUACAAGUCAAAGAAGACAUGAUUUUGUCUCUGACAUCAGACACUAAGUACUCAGAGGGAAGGAAGGAGGCGGAGCAGCAGCCCAGAGACGCAGGAAGGAGAUACCAUGAUGUUGCCUUCCGAUUGGCUGACAGAUUGUCCAUCAAUCUGAGAGGGAAUGAAGAUCCACUGGAUUUUAUUGUGCAUCUGGUCGACACGCUCUGCGAGGAGAAAGGCAGGAGAAGGAGCGAGAUGAGGAGCCUGAAGAACUCCAUGGCGGCCAGCGAGGUGGAGUGCAGAGCCGGCCGGCAGACGGUGAUGCGGCUGGUGGCCGAGGUGCGACGGGAGCAGAGUCUCGCGGCGGCCCGUGCUGAGGAGGUAGAGACUCUCAGAAAGGACAUCGACCAGGCUCUGCUGGCCAAGAGGAAGACUGAGGCGGAAAGCGAGGUCCUCAGGGAGAAGCUGGAGUCAGGCCAGCGCGCCCUAGCGGACUCCCAGCAGGAAGCCGACCGCCUGGGCAGGCAUUCCCAGGAGCUGAGCCGACAGCUGCACCGCAGCCAAAUUGAGGCCCAGGCUGUGAAGGCCCUCCUGCGGGCCUUUGGGCAGGAAGUGACAGAGCACAUCCGUGACCAAAGCAGUCCAGCCUCAGAGGAGGAUGUUCAAAAAAAACUCAGGGAGCUCUGUAGAAGCAGAGAUACUGGCGUUGAGAAUAUUCCAAAAAUCGAGGACGGUCUGUCUGAGGUCCUGGGGGAGCUUGCCAGGCUGUUUGGGCUCCACCAGGGGGUGCUAGAGAGAGCCCGUUCAGCCGAGCAGCAGGUGCAGGAGCUAGGAAGGCGGCAGAAGGAACUGGAGGCCGAGCUGGUCACGGCAGAAGUGCUCGGCGACGGGUUGAGCCGGGAAAGACACAACAACCUGCGCUUCCUCGAGCAGCUGUCAGAGAGGCUGAAGCUGGAAAGGCUUGCCGCAGAAAUGGGCUUCGACAUGCAGGCAGAGGCGAUCCUGCUGCGCGUGGAGCGACUGGUGAAGCAGGAAGAACGUGAUUUGGUGGAAAGCAAGACUCUGGCGCGUGAUCUGCAGAGAAAGAUGAAGGUCCAUCGAGAGCAGCUGCAGAGCAAGGAGCUGCACAUGGAUAUGCUGCGCAGGAAGGUGGCCCAGCUGGAGGAGGAGAAACGAAGCCGCUCGGCGCUGGCCGUGGAGCGUGACGACGCUCACCUGACAGCCCGCAAGCUGCAGAAGAAGGUGGAGAGGCUACAGAAGGAGCUGGAGGCCUUGCACCACUCAGACACUGAGCUUAAAGCCCGGCUUUGUCAUACCAAUGAGCUCAAGAUCAAAGUCCUGGAGCAGAAUCAGACCAUCGAAGUCCAGGGCAAGAGCCUUGACAGACUGCAGAAGGAGAAAGCAAAGGCGACAGGGAGGUUAGCCAUGGAGAAGACCGAGCUGGAGAGCAGGUAUCAGGAAGCCGUGGAGGGCCAGCAGCAGGUCCAGCGAUCUCUGCAGAGUCGCUCCAGCGAGCUGAGGAUUCUCCAGCAGACCGUGCUGGAGCUCACUGAGAAGGAGAGACAGUUGACAGACUUCCGUAAGGUAGUGGCCAGCAUGCUCGGCCUGGACAUCAACACAUUGGCCGUGCCCGACUAUGAGAUCAUCAAGACGCUGGAGGGGUUUCUCCACGCAUCUCCCCACACGCACCGGCUUUGCCAAUGCCUGGAUCACACCCAUCGCCAGCUCACUUUGAACUAGGCCAUGGCUCGGUAUAACAACACAUACAACAUCUGGGAACCUCCUCCACGUGCAAGAAGAGCAGCUAUUUAUGGCCGAAUUUCUAUGUAACAAUUCACCAGUACGCUGAACACAAAUUUUACAUUUCUUUCUUAUUGCCACGAUUGCAUGUUAAAUUCCAAAAUCACAAAUAAAUGUCAUAAUCAGAAUGUGGAAAAUUGUUUUUAUUAUAGUCUUGAUUGUUAUGCUAUAAAAUACACUAUUUGGACUAAAGUACUGGGAUAUGCCUCUCAAUCAAUGAAUUUAGGUGUUUCAUUCAGACCCAUUGCUACAGGUGUAUACAAUCAAUACCUGGCCAUGCAGUCAGGCGUACAAACAAUGGUGAAAGAAUGAGUCAUUUUGAAGAGCUCAGUGAAUUUAAGUGUGGUAUUGUCAUAGGAUGACAGCUUUUGUGAUGGCAGCUACAGAGUGGGGUCGCCGAGUGCUGAGGUGCAUCCCCAACGUUCUGUUGAUUCAGUAACUGCAGAGUUCCAAACUUCCUCUGGAAUUUUUUCCACCUUUGUGAUUGACUAGAAUGGAAAUUGCGAGUCUGGCCUUCAUAUUCAAACUCAGUGCCUGACCUCACAAAUGCUCUUCUGGCUGAAUGAGCAAAAAUUCCCACAGACACACUCCAUAAACUUGGGGAAAGCCUUCCUAGAAGAGUGGCAGCUGUUAUAGCCACAAAGGAGGAACCAACUCCACCUCCACCUAUGGAUUUAGAAUCAGAUAUCAUAAAAGUUCCUGUAGGUGUUCCAGUACUUGUCCAUGUAUUGUAUGUAUGCACCGGAAAAUAAUUUAGUCGUGGUUUUUUUGGCAAAGUAUUAUGAAUUAUCGCUUUGAGUAGAAAUGUCUUAUCUUAAUGCCAUUGGUGUAAUUAAAGCUGUAUAUGGUCGUUUAUCUUUGAGGACAGAAAAUCACUGUGACAUUGUGGCACUA